CACCCUGCCCCUAGAAGAGCGUCUCUCCUCCAUGGGUCCCGAUACCGAGACUUUUGGGGGGAGGUUCCCAAUCCUGGGCCUGAGCAUCUGGGUCUGGCCUGACAUAAAAUGGGGAGAUGCUGGCCUUGGUUUGGAUGUGACAGUCCGCUCAGGGACAGCCCGUGUGGAAUCGGCCAACGGGAAAGGCAGGCUGGGCCGCCUUCGCUGCUGAAACUGGGUUUCGGAAGGGAAGGCUGCGUUUACCUCUUGCGCGGCCGGACCAGUUCUGCAACCAGAAGAAGAAGAUGAAGAAAUGGGGAGGGUGGGAGAGGCAGCUGCUCCCUGGGGACCCCCUUCCCCAGUUGGAGCCCCCCACCCUGGGUUAGCUUGGCCAGGCACUUCCGUGUCUCCAGGGCCCAGGACUCUCCCUCUAUCCAGUCUUGGAUAAAAGAGCUUACAACUCUUAGGCACAGGAAGAAAAAAUGUCCCAAAGGCAGAUGAAAGAAGCCUUUGUCAGCAACCUCAAUGGAACUAAUUUAAUGGAAAUUACACUGGGAUUGAGUUUGCCACCCAUCUGUACAGUGUGCAGGGGAUUGCUACUCAUUCUCUUCCAACUCCACUCUACAUGGGGCAUACAUCUCCUCGUGGACUUCGCCAUCCUAGUAGUUCCGCUCGUGACUUCCUGUACCGUUCUGUCUCCAGUCCUUUUCCUUGUGCCACUUAUCCUAACCUCCUUAGGUGCAGGUAUGUUCUACCAAAUAUACAAAAGAAGAAACUGCUACCUCGGGGCCCCCCCUCGGAAAAUCAUCCAGGAAUUCCUGAAUUCGCGGCUAGCGCCCGAGCGGAUCCCGGCCGUCACUCAUUUCCGCGUAUUUAUCAACGUGCUCACUGCCAUCAGCAUCUUGGCGGUAGAUUUUCCACUGUACCCCCGGAGGUAUGCCAAGACGGAAGUGUACGGAACGGGAGUGAUGGACUUAGGGGUGGGAGCCUUCGUUUUUGGGAACGCCCUCGUUUGCCCAGAGGUUAGGAGAGGCCCAGGAGUUGGACGGUCGAAAUUCCACUACCUCGCAAGGCAACUGUUCUCCGUUUGGCCCUUAGUUUUCCUAGGGUUGGGAAGACUGAUCAGCGUAAAAUCUGUCGGGUAUCACGAACAUCUGUCCGAGUAUGGAGUUCACUGGAACUUCUUCUUCACUUUAGCAAUUGUGAAAGUGACAGCCUCACUGCUCCUGGUUCUGUUUUCCCCACAUAAAUCCUGGGUCGUCGCCAUGGGUCUUGCUGUGUUUUACCAAAUAGCUCUUGACCUUGCCCAGCUGAAGGUGCUCAUUUUGCACGGAAGUGACGGCAGAGGCACAAGAGUUGGUAUGCUCAACGCCAACCGAGAGGGAAUAUUCUCCACCUGGGGAUAUGUGGCAAUUUAUCUGGCUGGUGUACAAACAGGCUUAUUCAUGCUGAAAACGAGAAGUCUCCUUAGUGAUUGGAUUAAAGCAAUAGGUAGCCUGCUGCUAAUAGUUUCAGGCCUUUUCACGUUUCUUCACAUAGCUCAAGAUUAUAUAGGCCCCGUGUCUCGCAGGAUGGCCAAUCUGGCUUUUAGCAUUUGGACAGUUGCUCAGUGCUUGUCGUUUCUCAGUUUUUUAUUAUUAGGUGAUGUGCUUUUAGUCCUCUCGAAGUUUCUGAUAAAAGGGGUGGAUGUGCCUUGUUCUUGGAAUCUCAUCCAAUCCUCCGGUGCAGUCAAGAAGCGUGAAACAGGCUCUCCAGCCCCAGAAACGGAAAGAAAACCUCUAAAUCUUUGUUUAAUCGCUGCUAUUAACCGAAACCAGUUACUUUUUUUCUUGUUGGCAAAUGUCAUGACAGGCCUGGUAAACAUGAUGGUAGAUACUCUCAACAGCAGCACCUCAUGGACAUUAUCUCUGCUUCAUUUGUAUAUGUUCAGCAACUGUUUAAUUAUGUAUGCGCUACAUAUACUAAGUGUGACUGUAAAAUGGUGGUAAGCUGUAAAACGAUGUGUUCUCAGUUAGUGACCCUCAAAAAGUGUAAGGGAGAAAAUUAUAUUGACAGCUAGUAACAGAUGGUUUGACUUCAAUUUUAUUUGAAAAGUACAAUCAGUCUCAAAUCCUUGUCUAUAAGGUUUUUGUUUUCUAAAAACCAUAGCGUGAAUGGAUGAUAUUUCAUUUGAUGAGCAUUAACGCUAUUCAAGCCUUUAACUGACAGAGAAGAAACAGCCCCAAGGCCACUCCCAGUUAAAUGUCAGUGGGAUGAACUAGCUGAUUCUUUAUUGCUAAGGAAACCGUUUUAGGCUGAGUGUAAACCUGAGCGUCUAAGAAUGGCAAGGAAGCUGUAUGCUAAUACUGUAGGCUAUCAGACAACACAAGAUGGGGAAAAAAAAAGGGCUGUAAAAACAGACCUAAAUGAGAUCCAACUUUUAUAUCUCAUUAUGAGGUAUUAUAGAUAUGAUUUCAGUUUUUAUAGAAAAAAUUGCCUUCAGAAAAAUAAAGUAGAAAAUGGAACAAAAUUUAAGAAAAUGCACUAAGGCUUAGUAAUUCUUUUUUGGAAAGUUAUCAGCCAACAAGAGCUGGGGUCCUUUGGUGAGAUUAAUUCGUUCAGUCAUUUAUUGAGCGCUUAAAGUGUGCAGAGCACUGUACUAAGCACUUGGGAGAAUACAAUGCAACAUAGAUAUAUCCAGGCUUUGCUGUGGAGUUCUCUUUCGUAGCCAGAGGCCCCAAACUCAUUUUCCUUAUUCCAUUAUUAGGCCAUUUCAAAUCUUAUCUGACCGGUGGUGGUUGUAUUCCUCAGAACCGAUGUGAAUCCAUUUACAGUUACUAGUACUUUUUUGUGUCCAUUUUUGGGGCGGGGCGGGGGGGAAGGGAAGCAGAUAUUUGAGAAAUACCCAGAACUGAGAAAUCACCCAGAACUCUAGGUGAUCCAAAAUCACUUGGAUAGGCACACUAAAUCUGGAUCAUUGGUAGAGAAGGAGGGCUCACUUGGGAAGGGAGACUCACUCUGAAAGCAGGCAAUUUAGGAACUACAAUCAAUCAAUGGUACUUACUGAGCACUUAGUAUGUGCAGAGCACUGUAUUAAGCAUUUAGGAGAGUACACCAAAAUGCAUUGGAACACUACAGCUCCUUCCUCCUGGACAUAGGCACUUGGGGGACUUGAAUCCCCCCUCAGUAAAUAGGCCAUGCUGUGACUCUGGGACCCUAGGAUAGCUACAGUGUUUCCAAUGUACUUCUGGCCCUGGAAAGUCUCGGGCAGAUGGGAAAUUGGGGUUCUCUUGGAACAGGAGAAAGCCAACGUGCUUUUGAAACCCUUUCUGAUGAUCAUUUUCAUGGCAAAUAAGUCAUAAGACAGCUAAUUUUUAACAGGUUAUCUCUUUGUAGUAUUUAGUUUCAAGUGUCUACUACCAAAUUUGAAAAGCUGUUAAAAUAUACCUACAGUAUAUGUGAUUAGGGUAUUUUUGUAUUUCCUCUAUUGAAGUUGAGAAUUUUGAAAUUUAUAUUAGCAAACUGCAACAAGCUCACAGAUUAGAGGGGGAGACAAACAUUAAUAUACAUAAAUUAAAAAUAAAUGUGACCGUCUCCUGCCCCUUAGGAAUCUGGAUAACAAGAUGGGCUUUCUCCACGUGUAGCCACAGUCUUCCCUGCCGAUGCAUUUGAAUUAGGCCCAGCCAACGCAGGACACCCCACGGCCCCUGCAGUUUCCCCUCUGCAAAACAGGUGUUGCUGCCUUUGCCUAAAACCCCGUUGGUGACAUGAAGCCUCUCUUCCCCCAGGGGACCAGUGGCUUGAAAGUGGUAGUAGCCAAACGACUAGUGGGGAAACUUGUGGUGAUGCCGAUGGAGACAUGGAGCCCCGCGUUCACCGUCUUAUAUUGCCACCACCUUCAGUUCUCAAAAUGCUUUCAAGCGUGGACAGUUUUUCAUCAUCAUCAUCAUCAUUAAUGGUAUCUAUUGAGUGCUUACUGUGUACAGAGCACUGUACUAAGCGGUUGAAAGAGUCCAGUACAACAGAGUUAGCAGACCACGGUGAGCUUACGGUUCCCCUUCCUGCCCUUCCCUUCCCAGGUACUCUCAUCACAUAUAGAAGACUCCACAUCUUCCUGGUGACAGCUCUAUGAGUUGCAUCCUACUAGGUAAUAAUAAUAAUAACGAUGGCCUUUGUUAAGCGCUUACUAUGUGUCAAGUGCUGCCCUAAAUGCUGGGGUAGAUUCAGGUUUUUCAGGUUGGACACAGUCCCUGUCCCACAUGGGGCUCACAGACUCUGCAGGAGGAAGAACAGAUGAGAAGCUGCUACUCAAAUGACUGAAAAAGCCAACCCAAAUCCAAAAGAAGGUGGCCUUCACAUAGGAUUUAUCUGACUUUAUAUUUGAUAUGUUUUGAAUCUGAAUUGCAUGUCCAAAAUUAAAUUUGAAUGCCUACAUCAAUGACUGUUCUUUGUAGGUAAUACUAUUUACAAAACUUGUCCUUUUCUGUAGAAUUGACCAAUAUACACCAAUGGAUCCUAACAGGUUUUAAUAGGGCAAUGAGAUUGAUUUUCUUUUAUGAGCCCCUUUAAACCUCAGAAAUUGUUCGCAUUAUUGCCCUUCAAACUCAUUAUUUUACAAAACAUGAGCUGCUUAUAAAAUGUUUUCCAAA